AUGUGGCCCUUCAAAGCACUGACCGAGGUUUUGGGCCUUCCGCUCAGCUAUAUGAAUACUAUCGGCGGCAAGCUUCUCAAGACCAACCCCCGCGACCUCGACCUCAACCUCGACCUCAAACUCGACCGCACAAUGGCUCCGUCCCCGCACCCGAUCAUCCCAUUCACGAUGUACCCUUCCGAGUCCGGCCACCCCAUUCGCUUCCUCGUCGGCCCGGCCCAGAUGCCGUUCGAUGUCCAUAGCGACAUCCUCGACGAUUGGUCACCCGCGUUCUCUCCAAACCUACUUUCCGUCAAGUCGCCUCUAGGUAUCCCGUCCAUGACGCCAGAACACUUCGGAACCUUGACCAAGUGGCUCUACGAUCGUGUCCCGCCUACGUUCAAGGCCGCCUCGGACCUGCUGCGGAUUUGCGAGUUGUGGGUUGCGGCGUGUCAGCUCGGCCUCUGGGCUCAAGCCAACACGCUCAUGCGGCUCGGCAUGGAACUCAUGCAGCCUCCGUCGUACAUCUGCUCCAAGGAUACCGUGCACUGGGUGUUCUCCAACACGCCCGCUUCAAGCCCACUCCGGGGCUACAUCAUCGCUAUCUUUGCGCAGCGGAGCCAGUUCGUGUUGGACAACACGAGUCCAUAUGACGCAGAGAUCUACCGCCUUACCGCUUCCUUCCAUCGGAAUCUUGAGCACGCGCGGAAGGUGCUUGACUGCAAGAAGGCGGGCGUUGCGUGGGGUAAGGACAGGAAUGGGCUUUUCGUCUUCGCUCCCAAGAUGGAGAAGGAGUGGAAAGAGGUGGGAGGUCUGCCGAUGCCGGAGUAUUUGGUGUGGGAUAAGGUGGGGAUGAACGUGCCGGAUAGCUUCUUUGUGCAACCGGGCACAGGGGUGUAUAGGGAGGGGCUUGCGGGGUGCUUGAAGUGGAUAUAG